AUGCAUAAGUGUCCGGUCAUUCCUAACCCAGAAGCCCUCGAGCAUGUUGCUACCUCUGGAGACGACGCCAAAGGCCGUACUCGGGUCAACGUUCUGGCCAAUAGACGGGGUACCACCCCAUCAGCCUCCAUGCUUCCUCCAGCGUUUGACGUGAACAACCUUAUACCCUUUGGGCACGAAGAACAGGUCGUGGCGCUCCGGUGUGCGGGAGAUAGCCGUAAGACGACCGCUACCCACCACCACGCUUGA